CCUUGCCUUAAUGAGCUUCAGAUCACGAGUUAGGAAAACAGCUUUCAGUACAGGGAUUUUAGAACAAAAUUGGCAACACACUCAGAUUCUUCAGGCAGAGCACAGGAGACAGACGGAGAGAGACAAGAACACCAAGCAGCUUUCUGAUAAACCUUCCAAAUUCAAGAUGCAACAGAAGCCUCAACAGUGUGUCAUGGGUACUCUUGUCGUUGCUUUGCUAAUUCUGUCAACCGUGGCAGCAGAAGCAGACAAAACAGAAAAGCAAGGAAAAAAGGAAAGAAAGUCCGAUUGUAGUGAAUGGCAGUGGAGUGUUUGUGUGGCUAACCUUGGGGACUGCGGUCUGGGAACAAGGGAGGGAACUCGAACAGGAGCUGAGUGCAAACAAACCAUUAAAACCCAGAGAUGCAAGAUUCCAUGCAACUGGAAGAAGCAGUUUGGAGGAGAAUGCAAGUAUGAUUUCCAGUCCUGGGGAGAUUGUGAUAUGACUACAGGGAAGAAGAAUCGAACUGGAACUUUAAAGAGAGCCCUAAUGGACGCCACCUGUCCUGAGAGUGUCAGUGUCACUAAGUCCUGUGGUAAAAUCUCCAAGGCAAAAUCUCAAGAAUCCAAGAAACCAAAAAGGGAGGGAAAGAAGAAGGACAAAGCUCCUGUGGAAUAACACAGCUGGUUUGGCCAUGUCUGCUUGUGCUGUCCUGAUUAACCUUUCAUAUGGAUUACUGUAUGGUAUUUUUUAGGUUUUGUUUCCCUUAGAUUAAAUAGGGAUAGGUAUGCACUUAAAAGAGAAAAGAGUAAAAGUUAGUAAUUCAUUUUAAAUACUUAUACUAUUGUAUAUUUUAAAUACUGAUAAUAUUAUAUAGGGUUUUCAAAAAAAAAAUAAAGAAGAUGAAUGGUUUACAUUUUGUUAGUAUAUUUUUCUGUUCACGAUAUCUGUGUAAAAAAUAAAUAACAAUGAUUUAUGGUACUUUAGACAUUAUAACAUUAUACAACUUUAAGUUCAAUUUUGUUAUUGAGAAAGCAUUGUUUACUCUUUGUUUCUGUUUCACAUUCAGGUUCAGAUCUCUUUUCUAUUCUGCUUAAAAACGUUAUUUUAAACAUGGUGAAACUAUCUCAUAUAGUGUCCUUCUUCUCCUGUUAGUCUUAACUUUUUACAACAUGCUAAGAUUUUAUGAAUUCUUUGGAUGUUUUUUAUCAGUAACAUAACAGGAAGUACAAUUUUCUGAUACACUUUGGAGUUAGUUAUGUUCAAAUAAACUUUCUUUUUGAGUCCUUAA